GUGUCUGACGCGCCUCCUUCUUCUCCACUAUCUCUGGGAUUCUGGGGCACUGGGGUGCGGAGUCCCGGACUUGGAGUCCCAGGCAGUUUCCUUGUGUCCCCCGUGUCCCCCGGAUUCUAGAGCCAGCCUUCCGAGGCAGGAGGACGUGGCAGGCAGGAUAUCAUUUUCAGAAUGCGGGAUGGUGCCUCUGCCUUAAGUCCCUUAAGAAGACUAUCACACCUAGACUGAUGCUUAUCGAUCAUCCCCGUCACUGAGGUGCGAAAGCCCCGUCAUUGAGACCUGUAUUUUUAAUUCUCUAAUGUAAGAUCCACCCCAAAAAGCAGACAUUUUUUUCAUUGCCUUGAUUUUUGGCAGCCCUGAAUUCUGACCUGUCUCUUCAGCCUGGUUAAGACUGUUGCCUUCUGCUUGAACUCCAUUCAGCUGUGCCACAGUUCGCACAUCUGUAAGGAUGCCUUAGAAAAAGAAUCAUGGAGAAGUAUGUUAGACUACAAAAGAUUGGAGAAGGUUCCUUUGGAAAAGCCAUUCUUGUUAAAUCUAAAGAAGAUGGCAGACAGUAUGUUAUCAAGGAAAUUAACAUCUCAAGAAUGUCCAGUAAAGAAAGGGAAGAAUCAAGGAGAGAAGUUGCAGUGUUGGCAAACAUGAAACAUCCAAAUAUUGUCCAGUAUAGAGAAUCAUUUGAAGAAAAUGGUGCUCUCUACAUAGUGAUGGAUUACUGUGAAGGAGGGGAUCUGUUCAAACGAAUAAAUGCUCAGAAAGACAUCUUAUUUCAAGAGGAUCAGAUUUUGGACUGGUUUGUACAGAUUUGUUUGGCCCUGAAACAUGUACAUGAUAGAAAAAUUCUUCAUCGAGACAUAAAAUCACAGAAUAUAUUUUUAACCAAAGAUGGGACUGUUCAACUUGGAGAUUUUGGAAUUGCUAGAGUUCUUAAUAGCACUGUAGAGCUGGCUCGAACUUGCAUAGGCACCCCAUACUACUUGUCACCUGAAAUCUGUGAAAACAAACCUUAUAAUAAUAAAAGUGAUAUUUGGGCUCUGGGGUGUGUCCUUUAUGAGAUGUGCACACUUAAACAUGCAUUUGAAGCUGGAAACAUGAAAAACCUGGUCCUGAAGAUAAUAUCUGGAUCUUUUCCACCUGUGUCUUUGCAUUAUUCCUAUGAUCUCCGCAAUUUGCUGUCUCAGUUAUUUAAAAGAAAUCCUAGGGAUAGACCAUCAGUUAACUCCAUAUUGGAGAAAGGUUUUAUAGCCAAACGCAUUGAAAAAUUUCUCUCACCUCAGCUUAUUGCAGAAGAAUUUUGUCUAAAAGCAUUUCCAAAGUUGGGACCACAGCCUAUACCAGCCAAAAGACCAGCUUCAGGACAAAGCAUGGCUUCUCUUGUGCCUGCUCAGAAAAUUACAAAGCCUGCUGCUAAAUAUGGAGUACCUUUAAUAAAUAAGAAAUAUGGAGAUGUACCUAAAAAAUUACAUGAAAAGAAACCACUUCAAAAACAUAAACAGGCCCAUCAAAUUCCAGUGAAGAAAAUGAAUCCUGGAGAAGAAAGGAGGAAAAUGUUUGAGGAAGCACCAAGAAAGAGAAGGUUGGAAUUUAAUGAAAAAGAAAAGAAACAAAAGGAUCAGAUUAGUUUUAUGAAGGCUGAACAGAUGAAAAGGCAAGAAAAGGAAAGGUUGGAGAGAAUAAAUAGGGCCAGGGAGCAAGGAUGGAGAAAUGUGCUAAGUGCUGGUGGAAGUGGUGAAGUAAAGGCUCCCUUUUCUGGCAUUGGAGGGGCAGUGGUUCCAUCAUCCUUUUCUCCGCGGGGACAGUAUGAACAUUACCACGCUAUUUUUGAUCAAAUGCAGCAACGAAGAGCAGAAGAUAAUGAAGUUAAAUGGAAAGGAGAUAUAAAUGGUCGUAGGCUUCUAGAAAGAGGAAUUCCACCUGGAAUACGUCCAGGAUUUCCUAAUGGGUCUGCAGGUCAUCACCAUUUCCCUGAUGCUGAUGCUAUUAGAAAAACUUUGAAAAGAUUGAAGGCCAUGUCUAAACAAGCCAGUGCAAACAGGCAAAAAGGACAGCUAGCUGUGGAAAAAGCUAAACAAGUGGAAGAGUUCCUACAGCGAAAACAAGAAGCAAUGCAGAAUAAAGCUCGAGCUGAAGGACAUAUGGGAAUCCUGCAAAACCUGGCAGCUAUGUAUGGAGGCAGGUCCAGCUCUUCAAGAGGAGGGAAGCCAAGAAACAAAGAGGAAGAGGUUUAUCUGGCAAGGCUGAGACAAAUAAGACUACAGAAUUUCAAUGAGCGUCAACAGAUUAGAGCCAAACUUCGUGGUGAAAAGAAUGAAGCUGAUAGUUUUGAAGGACAAGAAGGAAGUGAAGAGGCUGACAUGAGACGCAAAAAAAUAGAAGCACUUAAGGCCCAAGCAAAUGCGCGUGCUGCUGUACUAAAAGAACAACUAGAGCGAAAGAGAAAGGAAGCAUAUGAGAGAGAAAAGAAAGUGUGGGAAGAGCAUUUGGUGGCUAAAGGAGUAAAGAAUUCUGAUGUGUCUCCGCCUUUGGGAGAGCAUGAAAUAGGUGGCUCCCUGUCGAAGCAACAAAUAAGAUCUGUUAUUUCUAUGACUUCAGCAUUGAAAGAAAUGGGUAUGGACAGAAGUUUAACUGAUACCCAGGAAACUUCAGAAGAAAUGCAAAAGGCCAACAAUGCUAUUUCAAGUAAGCGAGAAAUAUUACGUAGAUUGAAUCAAAAUCUUAAAGCUCAAGAAGAUGAAAACAGCAAGCAGCAUUGCUCUGAUACCUGUGAGGUAAUUGUUCAUGAAGAUGCCAAAGAGCAUGAAGAAGAAAAAUCGGUGUCAUCUGAUCGUAAGAAGUGGGAGGAAGGAGGUCAACUUGUAAUUCCUCUGGAUGAGUUAACACUGGAUACAUCCUUCUCUGCAUCUGAAAAAAAUAUAAUGGGAGAGGUUAUUAAAUUAGAUCCUGGUGGAUCUCCAAGAAGAGCCUGGGAAAAAAGCUCUACAGAUUCUGUUCUCAAGAUUCUUGGAGAAGCUGAACUUCAACCUCAGACAGAACUACUGGAAAACACAGCUGUUACAAGUGAGAUUUCUUGUGAAGGGGAAAUGUAUGAACCCUUAAUCACUAGAGAAUUACAGUGUAUUUCACUUGAAAUAAACCCCUCAGCUGCUGCUACUGUUGAUUCCUCUGUUGAGACAGAAAGUCUUAAGUUUAGGGAGGAAUCUCCACAGAUAUCAUUGAAACUAGAAAGAAAUUUGGAUGAGCCUGAUGAUUUGGAAACAGAAGUUUUACAAGAGCCAAGUGAAAUGAACAAAGAUGGUAUCUUGCCAUGUACUAUUAUUACUGAUGUGUGGAUUAAUAAGACAAAAGAAACAGAGAAAACUGAGUUGGAAGAUAGAAUCAUCAUUCAUCAAGAUGAAGUUUCUAAAGGUGGAAUUCCAGUGAAUGUGGACCAGCUUAGUCCAGUUCAUAUAGAACGUGGAGUAGAUGAUUCUCAGCACUCUAGAUGUAAUGUAGAUAAAUCUUUGCCAUCAGAGCCAUUUUUCCAUAAAGUGUUUCAGUCUGAAGACUUGAAAGUAGUCUCUCAAGUUCAACCAGUUCACUGUUCAUUAGAAGAGUCCUUUCUACUUCGACCUCACUCUGAUUCACCACCAAAAAAUAAAAGCAAGAAUUCUUUGCUCAUUGGACUUUCAACUGGCCUGUUUGAUGCAAACAAUCCAAAGAUGUUAAGGACAUGUUCACUUCCAGAUCUCUCGAGGCUGUUCAGAACACCAAUGGAUGUUCCCACUAUAGGAGAUGUACGCCAAGACAAUCUUGAAAUAGAUGAAAUUGAAGAUGAGAACAUUAAAGGGCCUUCUGAAUACAUUGUAUUUGAAGAAACUGACACAGAUUUACAAGAGCUUCAAGCCUCAAUGGAGCAAUUGCUUAGGGAACAACCUGGUGAAGAAUAUAGUGAGGAGGAAGAAUCGGUCUUAAAGACCAGCGAUGUAGAGCGGACUGCAAACGGGACAGAUCCGGCGGAUGAGGAUGACAAUCCCAGCAGUGAAAGUGCCCUAAAUGAAGAAUGGCACUCAGAUAACAGUGAUGGUGAGAUUACUAGUGAAUGUGAAUGUGAUAGUCUCUUUAACCACUUGGAGGAACUGAGGCUUCACCUGGAGCAGGAGAUAGGCUUUGAAAAGUUCUUUGAGGUUUAUGAGAAAGUAAAGGCUAUUCAUGAAGAUGAAGAUGAAAAUAUUGAAAUUUGUUCAACAAUAGUUCAGACUAUUUUGGGAAAUGAACAUCAGCAUCUUUAUGCCAAGAUUCUUCAUUUAGUCAUGGCAGAUGGAGCCUAUCAAGAAGAUAAUGAUGAAUAAUCCUGACUCAGAAUAUUCUUUAAUUCUCAACUGUUUGGAAGCAUUUAAAUUCAGCUUAAAUUCAGCAUUUAAAUUCAGAAUAACAAGCUUUAGGGGGAAAUUAUUUAUACUCUAAGGAAUAUCAUAUUUAAGAUGGGCAUACCAAUUGCAUGAAAAAGAUGAAACAUGCCAUUUUUCAAUUAAGAUUCUAGUAUUUUAUUCUGUUUCAUUUGUUGCGUUCUAUAGUUAUCUAUAGAAUAGAUACUUUAUUAAAUCAUUCAGCCAAAGCAUAAGAGACACUGAACCAGAAUUGAAUUUAAAGUUUUUGAAGAAGAUAUUUUAUGCAGUAAGGUAAAUUUGACUUUCAGCAAAUGUCUUUAGGCUGAAAAAAUUAGUGUCCAGAAAGACCUGCCUAAGUCUUAAUCAUUUAAGCAUGACCUUUUUUUUUUCUGCCUAGUAUGUGUUUUCAUCCUGGCCAGCAGUUCCGCUUAAAAUAACCUUGUCAAGGGCUCUAUUUAAAUCUUUGCAAUUUUGAAGAUAGAAUUUUAAGCCUUAAAGUUUAUACUCGCAGUCCUUUUUCAAGUGUCUCUUGAAAUAACUCAGUGGAAACAGUCUGCGGAAACAGUCUCAGAAAUCGCAAAAGAUUUGAUUACGAAAGAAUAAAAAUAUUUCCUGAUAUUUAAAAAGCUGGUUAAUUCUUUUUUUCUUUAAGGACCAGAACCAGGAAUAUUAUAUCUAAAGGUUAAGUCUGUGAAUUUUAACAUUGAUCUAGAAUGUGACAUAAAGUUGCCCCUUUGAUUUUAACUUCCUUUCACGAGUGUGCUUCAAGAGCAAAAUGAGGUAAAUAGGAGAAAGAAAUCAUUUUUAUUUUGACACUAACAGUUUUGGUGACUAGUAUCUCAAAGGAAGGGGGAGAAAUGUUUGCAUCUUUUGCUUAUUUCUGUUAUGAGAGGAUUCAGGUCAUUAAGAUGAUGGUCACACAGCUUCAAUUGCAAUUGGCCAAGUAUUACAUGGUUUCAUUAGAGAUAUCUAAAGUCCAGAUGCUUUCAGUAAUGAAAACAGAAUUUCUGCAUACAAAGCAGCCUGCUUGGCACAAUAUAGAAUUUGAAAAAUAAAACCUUAUCUUGCAGCCCUAUCAUUACAAUGUUGAAGUUAUGUAUGUUAUUUCUAACAACCAAAACUGAAUACUUGAUUUUUAUACAUUUAUUUUAUGAUAUUACUGUUAAAUUUUUAUCUACCUAAAGUGUAACUACAAAUCAUCUUUUAUUUAUUGGCACUAUUCUGUAUAGAACGCUUUUACACAGAGCUGAGAAUACUUGGGGGUUUUGUUGUUCUUCUUGCCUAUUCUAUAGUAUAUUGACACAAAGACCCUCUUUCUGUCCUCCUAAUACAGUUUUGUUCUGUGCCUGAUAAUUUCUGAUCUUCUUUUACUAAUAAAAGAAUAUUUUAAAUCUGCA